AUGUCCUUGGUAUCUGUUCCUGCUGCCACUGCACCUCCUGAAGCCCUACUCUGUGUGCCCGGCAAAAGUCUUGGUUUGAUCGAUAAAGCUACCGACGACGAAACUCUUCAACCUGAUCUCCUUGACCAGUUGUUGUCGUUAUCUCAUCAAUUGCGCUCUGAAGAUCUGCCUGGGCUUGGGAUCUCCAUCGAAGCUCUACCCUUGCCGGAAUUGGGUUUUUGCAGGACUGGUUCUGUCCCCUCGAGUAACCUGGAACGAGGCCUUUGCCUUUCACGUGAAACUCCUUCGGGUCCAGCGCAUAGGCUCUCUUCCUGUCGGUCCGAUCUUUCUCUAAUCCAAUUUAAGCUCCAGUCCGACCCCCUCAACCCAGCUUUCGCCGCCGAUGAGAAGAGACUCUCUAAAGAGUUAUCCUCCCUCUCCCUCCUCGAGGAAAGCUUCCUACGCCAGAAAUCUCGCUCCAAGUGGUUAGAGCUUAAGGACUCGAACUCUGCCUACUUCCACCGUACCCUAAAAGCUAGGCAGAACUCGAACUCCAACACCCUUCUUGUCUUUCCUGAUGGAACCUCCCUCACUUCCCCCACCGAUAUCAAAGAGGCUGCCUCCUCCUCCUUCUCCACUCUCUUCAACCCCUCUCUCCCCUCCCCCUCUCCUAUCCCCCCAGAGCUCAUCGAUAAGUUCAUUCUCCCCACCCUCUUCAAUUCCCUUAUAGCCAUCCCCUCUGAUGAUGAUAUCUCCCAGGUUAUCCUUUCCCAUAAGCCCAACAAGGCUCCCGGUCCUGAUGGCUUCAGCAUGGGUUUCUUCCUCAGCAACUGGGACUCUUUUAAAGGAGAGGUUUUCAAAGCCAUCCGCAGUUUCUUUUUCAAGCCUGGUCAGCUAGCUCAGAUCAAUCAAACUUCCAUCUCCCUCUGCAAUCUCAUCCAUAAGUUCAUUGCCAAGAUUCUUGCCAAUCGGAUUAAGGCAGUCAUUCCUUCCCUCGUCAGCCCCAACCAAUCGGCCAUCAUUUCUGGCCGGAGCAUUACGGACAACAUCAUUCUCUAUUCUGAGAUCGUCAGAGGCUUCGACCGCAAAUCGCACUCCCCGACGGCUCUCCUUAAAAUUGAUCUCCACAAAGCCUUUGACUCCAUCCGUUGGGAUUUCAUCUGUGAUGUGCUCUCCCUCAUGGGCUUCCCCCCUGUUUUCAUUCAUUGGAUUCAUGCCUAUAUCUCCUCCCCCUCCUUCUCUGUCCUGGUCAACGGCUCCCCCGACGGCUUAUUCCGCUCUAAAGUUGGAAUCCGCCAGCCCUGGAAAUCCUUUCCAGGAGCCUCCAAACCAAAACUGAUCUCCACCUCAUUUCUGCUCUUCCAAAAUGCAAGCAUAUCAACCUCUCCCAUCUGGUCUUUGUCGAUGACCUAA